GCAGCAGCCAGAGCUAUGGACGACAACUUAGAGGACUGCCCUGUGUACCUCAACACUUUUGACGACACCCACAGGCGGCCACGCAACCUGCCGUGUGGGCAUACACUUUGCACGCCGUGCAUUAAUGAACUGAAGGAGCAGGGUGCCGUCACGUGCCCCACGUGCAGGGUGAGUCACGCCCUGCCUGAGGCCGGCCAGUUCCCUAUCUCCUAUAUCACAGAGGCCUUUAUCAGGAAGAUGAGAGGUGCAGGACUGGCCUGUGUGGCACCCAAGCCAGAAAAGCAGCUGACAGCUCCGGCAGCAGUGACACAGCCUGCACCAAGGGCCACAGCGGGACUCAGCAAGAGGACACGGUCCCUGCUGCAGGAGCAAGAGGCAAAGGUCCUGGCCGCCAUCCGCUCCUGCCAGGAGGAGCAGAGCCAGCUGGCAGACUACCGGACAACCCUGGGUGGGUGGUGUGGCCGCCAGCAGCAGCUGGAGGACGACCUCCAGACGCUGGUGGACCAGAGCAAGGGUGCCUGGAGGCGAUAAGCCGCGAGGACUCCC